UACAAACAAAGAUGUGUUUAGUGGGUUUGAAUUUAGCGUAUGCUUAUUUUAAAUGUUUUAAAACAGGUUUUUACUAAUGAGUGUUUGUAACUACAUAUGAAAUCGGCCGAGACUACAAUUUGAUGUUAAAAAUAUUUUUCGUUCAUCGCUAGUAAAGCAGUGCGGCAUAAUGCAGUCACAGUCUACUGAGAUGGCCUUUUCCAUUUUCUAAUGGUACUGAUAGUUUGAUCUUCCGUCAAAAGGCAUUGAAGAACUCGUUCUGCCCAUUCACAAUUAAUUACACUUUUAACACGAGACAGACUUCCCCGUUAGUCAAUACAAAGGAUAAGACAUGGCGUCUGCAGGUGCAGCACCUUCCUCUCAAGUAGUUGGUGAGGAAAUACUAACACAAAAUGACCCAAGAUUCCGAGUUAAACCUUACCAGCAGAUGGUAGCAUCAUGCACUGGGGCUGUCCUGACGUCAUUCAUCAUAACCCCUCUGGAUGUCGUGAAGAUACGGCUGCAGGCCCAACAAAUGGCACUGUCUUCAAAGAAAUGCUUCAUCUUUUGUAAUGGACUCAUGGAUCAUAUUUGCCCCUGUCUCGAAGGGGACCAGUGGUAUCGUAGACACAGUCCCUUCACUGGCACAUGGGAUGCGCUGAUCAAAAUUGCCCGCAAUGAGGGCAUCACAUCUUUGUGGUCUGGCCUCAGCCCGACAUUGAUUCUAGCAAUACCGUCGACAGUGGUAUACUUCACCACAUAUGAACAGCUGCGCACCCGACUGAAUGACUACUUCAAAGAUCCUGAGACCAACAAACAGCCUAUCUGGGUACCGAUGGUGUCUGGUGUGACCGCUCGGUUCUCCGCCGCCACCUGUGUGAGUCCGAUGGAGCUUAUUAGAACAAAAAUGCAAUCGAAGAAAUUGAGCUAUGGUGAUGCACUCAGUGUGGUCAAAGGUCUUGUAAGGCUGCAUGGAUACAGAGGGCUGUGGAAAGGCCUGACACCUACACUCUUCAGGGAUAUGCCGUUUUCAGGCAUAUAUUGGGUUUGCUAUGAGUACCUGAAAUCGUACUUUUACCCUGAGGAAAAGGUCCCAUUUUGGUUCAGCUUCUUAGCUGGAAGCGCAUCAGGAACUUUGGCUGCCUUUGUAACAACACCUUUUGAUGUUGUUAAAACCCACCAGCAAUUGGACAUCACCUCACAGAUUUACCAAGAUGAACAAAUGCAAAAGAAACCGAAAAAGUCUGUACUCCAUUGGUUUCGUAAAAUCUACGCUGACGGCGGUGUGCGAGGGUUGUAUACCGGACUCACUCCUCGCCUGGCCAAGACUGCUCCUGCGUGUGCCAUCAUGGUAUCAACUUUCGAGUACGGGAAAAACUUCUUCGAACGGUACAACAUGAAUGAGUACAAACGUCAAAAUAUGGCAGAUGCUUAAAUUGCCUACGCUAAACAAUAUGUAGGAGUUUGUUGUGAUUUUUUUCUAAAUCUCCUAUUAAACUGUAACAAGUGAUGUUUUGUAUAAAGUGUUAGUCAAGAAUUUAAUGAAGUGUUAUGUGAUUAAGAAAAACAACUUUAUAAAAAUCUUUGGUCAGUUCGAAUCGUAGUUCUGUGUUAGUGAAUAUCAAGCUCGUCAUUUCGUGAUCAUAAAUGUCCAGACAGUGACGGAACCUAUUUCUAUGGACACUACAACAUAUACAGGUUUAUGUGUAUUAUAGAUUUGUAAAUACCCCUUCAACAUUAAUUAAUUAUCUUAAUUUAUUAAUCUACACUUUAUGUUCCAUAACUGGGCUAAAACUUUUAAUUCAAGAUAUGUAUAAAAUGCGAGAAACUUAAUCUGUAACAUAACUUUAUUUCAACUCGGCUGCUGUCUGCUCGGUUUGACACUUGAGUUGAGUCCUCUGCCAACACUGCCUACUGUUUUCCUAGGAAUUAAAUUUACAUGUACGUCCACUGCCUUCUAGAUAAUAAUACUUACUUCUGAUUCAUUGUAUGAAGUAUAAUUUCUUCAUUUGUAAUCACUCUGCAGUGACGAAUCAAGUAGUUGCCGAUGGAUUAGUGUAGAAUCACCCAUAUAUCAAUCUUUUUGUCUUAUGCUGUACUUUAUUUUGAGCGUGAUAUACAGGUACUUUACCUUCAUCAAAGUAUUUCCUAAAUCUGCGUCCUAUUAAAAUGCCUCCUGAGAAGAAUGAGGGCAUCGGUUGCGAUGGCCCAUGUGCCCGAUGGUUUCAUCCGGAUUAUGUGAAACUAAGCAAAACCGAGAACAAUAUAUUUUUAAAUGAUAAUAGACUGACAUGUAACUAUGCCAAAGCUGAUUGUGUGAUACAGACUGACUUAUAUGUCACUAAUAUGUUCUAAGUUGUGUUGUAUAAAUUUGUUUUUUGUGAUCGAAUUGUAUUUUUAAUUAGUUUUAUUAAAUAAGAAUGAAAUGUAUUCCACAGUUGCUUAUCUUAUAUUAUGAGCUAUUUGUCUGCUCUCAGUGGAAAUAUAAAUUAUUAGUUAUUGUGUGUAUUUUACGUCAAGUUCUCUAACAUUGUUUACUACAUUUCCACUUCAUAAACAAAAGUAUGUUAUAUUGCUUUGUAGUUUAAUGUUGUUCUCUACGCUUAAUGUGUAUGUUCUAUUAUUAUUGUUUGAUUGAACUUUUAUGUAAUAUAAUUUUAAUAUUGUUUCCCUCUAGUUUUUUUUUUUUUAAAACAUAAUUUAAUCAAUUUAUAUUUUAUUCAGUUAUAAUGAUGGGAAGUGGGUGAUAUUAAUCAACAUUUGUUGUUCUUUAAGUGGGGUAAAACCUGUGAAUUCAAGAUAUCUAUAAAAAGCACGAAACUUAUUCUGUAACAUAACCUUAUUUCAACUCAACUGCUGUCUGCUCAGUUUGACUCUAAAGUGGAGUCGUUUGCCAACACUAUCUACUGUUUUCCUAGGAAUUAAAUUUACAUGUACGUCCACUGCCUUCUAGAUAAAUGAUUGUGUUUAUCGUCCCUGACCGACCAAUCGAACACGAACUUGAACGAGUUCGUUAAAGGAACCGAUCCUACAUUAGUGAACGAUGGUGCUACUUCGGUGAUUAUGAAUAUAAAAGUGUCUGAGCUAAGUGAAAUAAAUAAAAAUUACUUGGUUAUGUCGGAGAAACUAAUGUAGUUGGAAAAUGAAAACAAGAUAAUUAAAUUGCAGUUAAGCAAAAUUGAAGAAGCAUAUCGCCGCAUCAUAGUCUGACACGGCUCUUGUUUUUACCAUCUAUUUACCAACCUUAAACCUAACAUGGACAACAGUUCAAUUGAAGGAAAUAACCAUGAAAUGACUUCAAAGAUUCCCUUAGUGGCUGAUGUUAUAAAAAAUCUUAAAGAUAAGACUAUUAACGAUGAUAUAUCUAAAAAAAGGGAUCCAUAACCUAAAGUUAAUAAUUUUUUUUUUAAUUAUGAUGAAUUUCAUGUUGUUGAAAGUGAAAAAAGUGACAACGAUCGAUGGCUGAUCGUACAUUCUAAGUCUACAAAAAAAAAGAUGAAGCCGAAAAUACCUAGCCCAAAGCCUCUUACCAUUGAAACUGGAAGCCAAGAUACAAAGCUUAGUAAAAAUAGGCCUAAGCCUAAAACAAUAAGUAUUACAAAAGGCUACAAGUUAAAUAAAACCCGAUUUUAAUUGGGACUGCCAAGUCUGGAUUUAAUCGAAUCGGUGGAAACUGAAUCUAACGGAAAAAGCUUGGUUCCACCUUAGUAAGGUGGCCAAAGGAUGCAUAGAAGAGAAUAUAAAGAUAUAUGUGGAAAAACAUUUCCUAGUAUUGAAUUCACUGUUGUAAAACUUGAAAACAAGGGUGUUAAUGAGAGCUUCAAACUUGGUGUUGAGUUUGUAUAACAACGAGGUGAUAAACAGUACUUGGUGGCCGGAAAAUGUAACCCUUAAUGGUUUUUUAUUCUUAGACAGUGAAACCCGGGGUAGGCUAGGUAUGACACAAGACACAGACCUAUACUCUAUUUAUUAUAAUAUUUGAUUAAUAUAAAUGUAAGUAUUACCAGACAUUACUAGCCUAGACUUAGUGAGGUUACCUAUUCUUCUCAUUGAGCGAAGUGAAACGUUUGAAGCGCAAAACCACGUUGAUCUACUUGGCUUAAAGUUAUUACAUCAAAAUACUGAUGACAGUAAACUGUUGGAGCUUGAACGGAUUUCACAGCAAUUAGGUUUGGAUUUUAUUGCAAUAAGUGAACAUUGGCAAACUGCAGAAAGUGUGAACUCCUCAAUUAAUGGUUUCCUGUUGACUACCAGCCAAUGUCGAGAACCUCGGAAACAUGGUGGACUCGCUGUGUUUGAGAGAAGUAAAUACAACUUUAAGGUAAUAAACUAUUUUAUGGAUUUUAGCUUACCUUUUGUGUGUGUGAAUUAAUUGGUUUGGAAAUUAGCAAUAAUUUAGUCGUAGUUUUAUUGUAUAGACCUCCUGAUGCGGACAUUGACACAUUUUUCAACAUUUUGACACAAGUUUUUCAAUUUCUAAGUAGGCUGGGACAGAUUUCUAUUAUGUUUGGGGAUUUUAAUAUGAAAACAAAUAUUCCAGACCAAAUCACUACUCGGUUUUUGAACUUGUGUUUAAGGCAUGGCUACUCAGUAACUAUAAACAAACCUACAUGGGGUAAGAACUGUUUGGACAACAGUCUUGUGUUCGUUACUUGUGUGUUUUGUGCUGAUGUGAUAAACCUUCAUUUAAGUGAUCAUCUGGGUCAAACGGUAGAAUUUUUGUGUAUAUGAUCAGUAGGCAGGACUGGGUAUCAGAACUUUCACACAUUAGUGUUGAUAUGAACUUCAGUGCUUUCUUGGAUACUCUUGUUUAUUAUUAUAAGUCAAGUUUUCUUCUUAAGAAAUUUUAAACCUAGGUUAGUUUUACUAGUUAACAAAAAUGCCAGUUGGUAUACAUCUGAAUUGUCUAAAAUUAAGACUAGGUUGGACUUUUUGAACGAAUUAAUGAAAAUUUGUAUAAACAGUGAAGAUAUUAAAACUGUCUGUAGGGAUUUAAAGAAACUAAAGGGUUGUCAUAAAAGAAUGGGCGGUUUCAGUAAUUCAUAGGAGAUAGUAGGGAAAUUUCUAGAUGUUAUAAUGGUAGGUAUCUCAAAGCCUCCAAUCCAAAAGUUUGUUUAUAAGCUGUUCUAACCUCAAAAUCAGUUCUUAUAUUGUUGCUGCGGUGAGUUUAGUGAGUUACCUUAUUCUUAGAUAAAGAUAAAGCGAAGAGUGUUUUAUUGUUGGCUGAAGUAACAUUCAUAUUUUUUUUUUAGUUCAAUGUGCUUUCAUCGCAAAAACAAUUAUUGCUUUACAAUUAUUACUAGAUAAACUCGAAAAUAUUCUUCAACUUCACCUUCUUAAGGAAACAGUUAAAUGUUUUGCUGAUACUCUGGUAGUUUUAAUUAAUCAAUGUUUGGCUGAAGGAAUAUUCCCAAAUGGUCUGAAAAUGAGUAAAGUCCAUCCUAUUUAUAAGAACAAGGGGCCUAGACAGGAUGUAAAUAACUAUAGGCCAAUCGCAAUUGUACCUGUCUUCUCUUAAGUAAUAAGAAUUAAUAGUUGGUAAGCAGCUAAUGAAUAAUUUUUAUGUGCAUAAUAUUUUAGGGCUUUUGAUAGAGUAAAUCAUGAGUAUUUAUUUGUUAGAAAAGUUAAGUUUUUAUAAUGUUAGAGGCAAAUAAUUGUCCUUGUUUAGAAGCUUUUAAAAAAUCUAGUAGUUAGUAUGUAGUUAUUGAUGGGAAACCUUCAAGGCUAAUAGAGGUCGCUCAAGGAGUUAUACAGGGCUAAGUGCUUGUGCACCUGCUUUUUUCAGUCUUAAUUAAUGACCUAGAGUUUCAAUAUUUCAUCUGGUAUUUUAUGUAUGCUGACGACACUACAUUGAUUGCCAGAAAUAAAAUCGAACAAUUGACAUCUAGGAAAAUUUAAAUACGGUUAGUGACUGGCUGGAUGCCAAUGAAUUAACUUUGAACAGAGAAAAAACACCACUAU